UUAGGGACACGAAGCUGCCCUGGACCUGCCCAUCUCCACUUAUAUAUAGUGGAAAGCUCUCCAGAGUGUAUUCAGAAAGGUACUGUACUGCGAUACACAGGCGCUGAGCGUAACGUGCACAAGUCGGAGAACAGCUGCCUUUCCCACUGAAGUAUAAUAAAGACUUUAUGAUAUCUGGGCUGCUGGAAAGGUAUCUCUGUUCUGAUCCAUCAGCUGUAAGUUCUGUUCUGGCACUUGGUCUCAGAAACAGUGCACGGUUAUUUGCAGUGCGAAGCUAUAUCUGAGAAGACCGGGUACCAUGAAAAUCCUUGUAGCUUUUGCUGUAAUUCUCCUGAUUUCGGCGCAAGUGUUUGCAGCAGAAAUAGGACUUAAUGAAGACAUUGACUGGCCCUACAGUGACCAAAUACAGGAAGAACUACAGGGACCAGUGUUUGAAAGUCUCCUUCAGAGAAUCGCAAGGAAACCAAGACCUGAUCAGUUCUAUGGUCUAAUGGGAAAACGGAACAAUGGAUUUGGUCAAAUAUCCCGUAAAAGAUUUGGUCAAAUAUCUCGCAAACGGUAUAAAUCAGAUUCCUUUUUUGGACUUAUGGGCAAAAGAUCUUUAUACUCUGGAUCAUCAGAAAGGAACACAUUACAGAAUUAUGAAAGAAGACGCUAAAGAGAAAUCCCCUUAUGCUGUUUGUUAACUUCAGUCAUUGACACAAAAAAAACAAAGUGUAAUAUACGGUACCCAGUGUAAAAGGAAUACUUAUUUAUUUUAAGAUUGAUUGUUUAGCUUGUAUAUUCAAUAAAUUUAUUAUUUUUUAAUAGUGUAGCAAUGAUACCUAUUAUCUAAAUGUGCUGUGAUCCUCCAGUUUUGAUUCUUGAAGAUCUACUUCAAGGUGCAAAUUCAGCUAGGCGCUUCUGUGACGAUGCUGAAAAGGCUCCUUUUGCCCAUUAUGAAAUUAUAAUGUAUUGUACCAUUUCCAUAUCUACAGCAGUGAACAGCCAAUGUCCGGUUCAGUGAGUUAUGUUUCCUUGUUAGAAAAAAAAUCUUGUAACGUUGUCUUCAAAAAUAAAUUCGUAUCAUUGCAGCAUGUUUUUUUUUUUCAUAUGUGAAUCCAAAGUCUUCAUUUCACAGUCUACAUUUUUUUUUCUGAUAGUGGCACUUUGAAUAAAAAAAAAAACCUAAGAUUUUGCAACA